AUGGACAAGCAAAUGCGCCUACGACAACAGAUGGCCGUGUUGACGAAGAGGGACCUGGUCCUGUUUGUGUGCUGCUGGAAGCUCAAGCUGGCCGUUUCCAAAAGCCUAAAAAGGAAUGGGGGCAACGACGGCGCAUGCGAGCCGGUGACGCUAGUCUACAAAUGGACAAAAGAUGGUGCGGAUAGUUGCAUGCUGUUGCUUUUGAUGUAUGUAUCGGGGCCAUCUGCUCUUAUCGCCAAUCGCCAGAUGGCCUCUUCAAUGAACACCAAAAGUCAACAAGCGACCAAGACGACAUUUGAAUUUGCUGUUGCUUCCUUCUUUCCCUUAUCUUCAGCAACGUAA